AUGGGGACCAUUUUCGGUUUUAAAGGCACUCAAACGAGCAAGACACUUAAAGGCCAGGGUCUAAAGGAGAUGUUUCCGUUUGCGCGCGAACCCCUGACCAUUACGAAGGAUAUUGACGAGGGGCUACGCUCCUUUUUGACCGGCUUCCUCGGACAAGAUGUCGAAGACGUGGCAGUCGAAAAGAGAAGGCUUCUUUUUCGGAUCGAGAGAGUAAACUGA